AUGAAUCCCGUGAAUGCCACCGCUCUGUAUGUGUCUGCCAGCCGAGCAGUGCUGCGCUGCGACCCCCGGCAGCCUCACACUUUUGCAGAAAUGUACAAGCAGCUACCUUCCUUCCGACAGUCCCUCGCUUGUCGUGUCUGCGGUAAACUACUCCAGAAUCCCAUUUCCCCAACACACCCAGAGUGUCAGCAUUAUGUUUGCUUGGGCUGUAAAGGUCAGAAAAUGCGGAUCCGGUUGUCAUGCAGUCGCUGUAAGGACUAUUCCUGUUUCCAGGAGAACAAACAGCUUUCCCUACUGGUGCAGUGCUAUCAAAACCUCUGCCUGUAUGUAACUCAGUCUCCACUGCUGCAGUCAAUCAGCAGCCAUGCUGGUGGGUCUCCAGAGGUUAUGACUUUGCUCGAGGAGGUGUUAAUGUCACAUGUAGAGGAGACAGAGACUGAUGACUUAAUCUGGCUCCAAGAAGAUGUGAAUCUGUCUGCUCCAGAGUCUCUUACUCCCACAGAGGCACCACCUGUUCCCACCAAGCUCUCAGCCAUUCCCCAGAACUCUUCCUCAGAGCCUCCGUGUUUCAAUGGACCCCAGGAAUGCAACGGAGAAGCACUGGAGGAUCUUGAUCCCUCUUCUCCUGAGCUGGAAGUAUGUGAACUAGUUGAGGAACAGCAACAUGCAGGCUUAGCUGUAUCUGAUACAGCUUGUGGUUUGGAACUGAGUCUGACCACUGGACCUUUAACUCCGACACCAGGCACUGUGUGCUCACUCAGGGAUGGAGAAUCCUGUAACAGGGAGCUGGAGGAGGGAGAGGUUUUGCUCCUCAGUGUAGAGGAGGUCUUGCAGACAUUGGAUCCCCUUCAGCCUGGGCGAGAUUCUCUCCAUUCACAGCCAGAAAGGAUACGCACACACACAACCACGGACAGAGCACAUAAUCACAUGUACUUGCAGCUGGAUGCAGCUCACAAUUACACACAGAUUCAAACUGGCAGGACUAUCACAGUAGCAGGUCAUGGUGCUCACACACAGGCAUCUUCCUUAGAGCCUUCAGCAGUCUCCAAGCUCCCAACAAUCCGCCUUAACCGCAAGCGAUCCCGGUCAGAGAGUGAUCGGGAACAAGUGAAACCCCUCCCUAUCGUCUCCAUCUUGCAGGGCUCAUCGUAUUUUCACACUCCAACCUCCCCCCACACACUGCACACAAAACUACCUACACCUUCCAUAGCUGUGCCGGUGCACACAUACUCCUCGCUUCCUAAUGGCAUGCUCCCCAAGUCCAGUCGUCCUGUGCAGAACAGUAAAGGCGUCAGGAAGCAUAUGGAGCAAAGCCCUAAAAAGCCCCAUGCCAAGGCUCGCAGCAGUGGGGGGUCAAAGACCAAGGACCGAAGCAAAGAGCAGCGCUUGCUGUCAGGCUGCCUGCUGCCCGCACCUCCUGUUAGGCCUCCCUACAAGAAGCCGGCGGAGAAGAAGGGCUGUAAAUGUGGCAGGGCCACUCAGAACCCAUCAGUUUUAACCUGCAGGGGGCAGCGCUGUCCCUGUUACUCAAACCGCAAGGCGUGCUUAGAUUGCAUCUGUCGAGGUUGCCAGAACUCCUACAUGGCAAACGGUGAGAAGAAGCUCGAGGCUUUUGCUGUGCCAGAGAAGGCCUUGGAGCAGACACGACUCACUCUCGGCAUCAACUUGACCAGCAUCACGGCAGCCGCAGCACUCCGCAAUCCAGCAACCAGCAGCAUCCGUGCUAACACUCUUCUUAAUGUCGCCACAGCCACAGGGACUCCUGUGACCACAGCCUUCCUGUCCCCCAGCCCCCCACAGGAUCCCAACUUUGAAGACAGCCUGGAGCUGCUGAUUGGUUGAGUGGUUUGAACGUGACCGCUGAUCACUAGGUCUGUGGACAACCUGCACCCCUUCCCUCACAGUGGAGGCAACGUACGGCAGCUAUGGGUCUUGUCGAAAAUGCUAAGUAGUAAGACUAGCAUGGGUGUGCCAAAGCCUCCUGUAUUGUGCCUGUGUGCUGGUGUGUUGUGCUGUCAGUCUGUAGUUCCUUCAUUUCAAGGAUGAUCUGUACUAGAGCGGUGCUUUUCAUGUUCCUAGAUGACAGACAUCCAGUAAAAGGCAAUAGAAACCCAUAACAGGUUGUUCAAGUAUGUGUAUGCUUGUAUGCACAUCACAUU